AUGGCGGCCCUCUUACGGUGGGCUCGUAAUGCUUUCCGCCGCGCACCCCUAACUCCGUUACGGUUCCCAACAACGGGUUUCGACGUAAUCGACGAUUCAUAUGUGGUGGAAGAAGAACAUUUCGACAAAUUCCAAAAAGGAUACUUUUACCCCGUAAAAAUCGGCGAUGUAUAUGCGUCCAAGUAUCAAGUUGUAGGAAAGCUUGGAUUUGGAAGUACCUCCACUGUAGAACACAGCCAUGUCGCUCUAAAAGUAUAUGCGAGAGGAACAAGACAUGAGGAUGAAUUCCGGAUGUACGAGCGUCUAAGCGCGGGGAGCCGUCGCGUUACAACGGCUUUGGAUACUUUCAUACUACCACGCCCUGGUGGUGACCACCACUGCCUUGUACGAGAGCCUCUGUGGGAUAGUUGGGGAGAUAUUGUACUUCGAAAUCCCGCCAAUCGUUUUGAUGACGAUCUUCUCAAGGUGAACCUUAAGCAGCUCUUCCUGGCGCUUGACUUUCUACAUACUGAAUGCAAGAUCGUUCACACAGACAUCAAAGCCGACAAUAUCUUCCUUGCAAUCGAGGACGAUGGUGUCCUAGAAGCUUUUACAAAGGCCGAGUUGGAGACGCCUACGCCACGCAAGAUUGUAGGAGAGAACACGAUCUAUUUAUCCCGCUAUUUCGAUUUGCCUAAGAGAUUUGGUGAUGUUAUACUGAGUGAUUUUGGUUCUGCUAUUUCAGGAGAUGAGAAACGGAAUCACGAUGCUCAGCCCAACGUAUACAGGUCUCCAGAGGUUAUGCUAAAGGUAGACUGGAGCUAUCCAAUCGAUAUAUGGAAUGUCGGAGUCGUGAUUUGGGAUCUCUACGAAGGCAGACAUCUAUUUUACGGGAAAGACCCUGAAAGAAAGGAUUAUACUACUCGCGCACAUCUCGCUGAAGUAGUAAGUCUGUUGGGUCCCCCGCCGGCUGACCUAGUUCAGAGAGGUGCACGGAGUUCGGAAUUCUUUACAAGCGACGGAAAAUGGCAAGCAGCUAUAGAAGUGCCCCAGGAUGCGAGCCUUGAGAAGUCGGUACAAUACCUAGAAGGAAAAGAAAAGCAGGCAUUCUUGGAAUUUGCGCGAGGAAUGCUGCAAUGGCGCCCUGAAGACAGGAAGACAGCUGUUCGAAGAUCCUUGGCUUAAUCUGUGAUCUCGAUUAAAAAGUAAUACGCAAAUAAUAUGAGGCGUAGACUGGUGUAUCAGGUUUAUUAUCUCUACUCCUUAUAUAACUCCUCUCUAUAUAUCAACCUCUUCUACUUAAA